GUCAGUCAGUUUGUUGUGUGCAUAUGUCCGUGCGUUUGUUCAUUGACGUCAUGCGCCUUUCGUCCGUCUGAGUGAAGGUGUCCGUCCACUGCCCGUCCAGCCAGGCUUAAUCAAGUCACACAGACAACCCAUGUCAGGUCAGCCAGGCAGCCAAGCGAUCAAAAACAGACGGGCGGCGGAGAAGGAUACGAAACAGCAGCUGUCUCUUUGGCUGGGUGCGUGUGUGCGGCGUUCGCUCCAGCUCUAUCUAUCUAUUCGCUUGGCUCGAGACAGACGGAGUGGGUCCUCACAGUGGGAAAAAUAAGAUAAAUUCCCUUUGUGUCUGCCUUGGUCUUGACCUUGCAGCUGUAGCCUUUCUUGCAGCGCUGCAGAGGGCCGCAGGUUUCCAAGUGGUCGCCUUUUGUCUGCAAACACACGUACGUGUGUUGGCUACGUCAUCGUCAUGCACGAGUCAUCAUCAGUGCUUUCCCCCCUUUCAAUUCCUUGCCUUGCAUUUUCCAACAUCAUGGCGCCGGAGCGUGUCAGGGUCGCACUCGUGGUAGCAUUUCUCUCCCUUGUUGGGACACUCCGAGUCGUUCUUACACUCACCUGAGGGCAGCCACACACAAACAGUCAUCAGAGACAACGACAAGAACACACACACACACACACAGAGACAUGAAUGGCGAGGCGGUGGGUGGUGGAUGGAUGGAUGGAGCAUACCUACCUCUCGCGAUCCGCUCUCGCUUCUGCUCUCGCUUCCGCUGUCUCCUCCACUCGGCCUCUCUGCCCCGUUCGUUCCACGACGAUUGCCCGGAACCCCCGCCGCCUUCCUGGGCGCAAGCAGCGAACAGACAAACCACCACACACAGUGGGUGAUUGAGCGAGUCCAUCGCAUUUACGCAUCAUCCCUCACAGAGUCUUUCAGGGCAUGGUAGACGGCGGCGCCCCCGCCAGCCGGUUGGUUGGCCUUCAGAGCGGAUGAGUCAUGACCGUAGUACGCUGUAUCCGUGGCAUGCACACAUAACCCGAUCGUGCGCGAGUGUGUUUCCAUUGGCGACACACAGGGAGAGAUGCUUUUGUACUUACCUAUGCCCCUGAUUGCACCGAGCUGCUGCUCUGCCUUGUCGAUGGCCUCCAUGGCUGAGGCGGCCAGCUUGCUGCUCGACUGGAGCAGCUGCUGGAUCUGGUCCAGCUGCACGGUGGACAACUCACCAGCUGCACACACACAAAAGAAAGACGUGUGUCUAAACUGAGGUGUUGCUCUGCAUGUACAUAUGUGUGGACCUUGGCGGCCUGCCGUGCUGUCGAUGAGCUUAAAGGAAGCCUCUGCAGUGAUGCCAGAGAUGCCAUAUGUACUUUGGCCCCUCCCCUGGUAUUGGCCCAUGCAUGCCAACCGUUGAUGGCCUUGACGGCGUUGCAGACGAUGAGACCACAGAGGGCCACCAGAAAAGCCUCAGACAUCUGAUUCAUGCCUGGUUGACGGAAAGAAAAGCAGCGGUCAGCCCCAACAGAUGGAGACGCCCCCAACGCCCCGGCUCGGGUGCAACCCAUGCACCCCGCCGCCGACCGCGUCACACUCACAACGCUCGAUCAGCUGUUGAAAGGGGCACAAAUGCCGCCUGCAAAAGCUCACCUGAGAUGCAGCAGGUGCAUUGAGUCGAUGGGACCCCACGCGAAUGCGUGUCGUCGAACUGUUACGAGGGGGGAGGGGGCCCCCGAGUAAUGGGAGGCGAUCGGCCAGACGGAGAGCAUACGAAAUUUCCGGGCAAGAAAUAUGCACAUAUUUUUCGAGAGUGAUUUUUGCUCGCCUUGAGGUAGAGUGAGGUUGUGUACGUAUUUUAGAAGGGCUG